AUGUUCGCGUGGCAUCCCAAUGAUUGCAUACUAGAACAGCAGGUUGCACCUGUUCUGUGCUUGUCUAAUAGUGCGCUUCACCACAGUACUGCGCUUGCGCAUAUUAGUUGUGCGCUGAGUUUACACGUGUUGUCAACGUCAUGGGAUCUCUGUAUUACAUCGUUGUACGAACCUCUCAAUUUAACAACAAUUCAUGGUUGUGGUUUUACGUAA